AUGCCGAAGUCUCAGACGGUGAUAACGGCUGAGUACCCCAAGCAUCCCUUCUUGCUCACUGUCGAGGAGACCGCGCAGGCCCUCAACACCGACAUCGACAAGGGUCUGACGACAGCUCAGGUCAAUGAGCUGCACUCCAAAUACCCUCCAAAUGAGCUCGAUGUAGGGGGCACCGUGCCCUGGUAUAAGAUUUUUGCGAAGCAGCUCUUCAAUGCUAUGAUUCUGGUUCUUGUCUUUGCCAUGGGUCUUAGUUUUGGUAUCAAGGAUUACAUUGAGGGUGGUGUGCUUGUUUUCGUCAUCGUCCUCAAUGUGACCAUUGGUUUUUGGCAAGAGUACCGCGCUGAGAAGCGCAUGGAUGCUCUCCGCGCCCUCUCCUCUCCCAGUGCUAUGGUCUUGCGCGAUGGCAAGACUCAAGUUAUUUCUAACCCCGAAGUCGUUCCCGGAGAUAUCGUUCUGCUGAAGAUGGGUGACACCGUCCCCGCAGAUAUGCGCAUGUUCGAAGCUAUGAACCUUGCCUGCGAGGAAGGCCAACUGACCGGCGAGUCGAUCCCCGUCGAGAAGGUAACGGACAAUAGCAUUCUCGUCCCUGGCUCCGAGAACCUUGCUACUGAGGAAGGGGAGGUCGGUAUUGGUGAUCGAGUCAACAUGGCAUAUGCCACCACUGUUGUCCGAAAGGGCCGUGGCCGUGGUAUUGUUACCUUCACCGGCAUGUCCACGGAGGUCGGCAAGAUCGCCGCUUCAACCUCCAAGAAGACCCGCAAGGCUGGCCGCUCUAUGAACUAUAAGAAGUAUGGUAAGCGCCAGCCCGUCAUUGGUUUGUCCAAGCGUAUUUACGAUGCUGUCGGCAAGUUCCUUGGUCUCACUGAGGGCACUCCUCUCCAGCGAAAGCUUGCAGCCCUUGCCUAUGUCCUUUUUGGCUGCGCCUGUCUGCUCGCCAUUGUCGUGUUUGGUGUCAAUAAGUUCAACAUGCGCAACGAAGUCAUCAUUUAUGCGACUUCUCUGGGUAUUGCCAUCAUCCCUGAAUCGCUUGUUGCCGUCUUGACCAUCACCAUGGUCGUUGCCGUUACGGUCAUGCGCAAGGCCAACGUCGUUGUCCGAGAUUUGUCUGCCCUUGAGGCUCUCGGCGGUGUUACCAACAUUUGCUCCGAUAAGACAGGCACUCUCACCGAAGGCGCUAUGAUUGUCCGCCAGACGUGGAUUCCCGGUAACCAUCUGUAUACUGUUCAUGACUCUCAGAGCCCCAACGACCCCACCAAAGGACGUGUCACGUACUCUCAGGCUAAGAACGAACCUGUUGCCCCCAAGGAAGAGGAGAAGCGCGACUAUGACCAAGAGCGUAGCGCCGCUGUCCUGAAAUUCGAUGUUCCCGAUGAGAAGCUCAACCCCUCGAGGAAGCCCGAGCCUGAACCUGAGAUGGCUGUCGAAAUGACCGAUGCUCUCCGUGCCUUCCUUUUAUCGUCUGCUCUGUGCAACCUGGCUACCGUCAGAUUCGACGAGGAAGAAGAGAGGUGGCAAACAACUGGCGAGCCCACUGAAAUCGCGCUCCAGGUCUUCACCCAUCGCUUCAAAUCUGGCAAGAAGACCCUCGAGGGCAAGGGCUGGUCUCAGGUUGCUGAGUUCCCCUUCGACAGCGGCAUUAAGCGCAUGUCUGUCAUCUACAAUGCCCCUGAGGGAGAGAGCGGUUCCAUCAUUGAACAGAACAACAGCAUGGUGUUCACAAAAGGUGCUGUUGAGCGUGUACUUGACCUUUGCGACUACAUGGGCACCGGCGAGGCUCAACAGCCUGUGACUGACGAGCUCAAGGAGACCGUCCUCAGACAAAUGAAUGCUCUUGCUUCACAGGGGCAGCGUGUUCUUGCCAUUGCCUACCGCCCUUGGGACGGCCGAUAUGAGGCUAAGCCCACAUCCUCUGCCUCUGAGGAGGAGAAGAUCCGUGGUGAUGUUGAGAAGGGCCUAAUUCUUCUUGGUCUUGCUGGAAUUUACGAUCCCCCCCGCCGAGAGACGAAGCCCUCGAUUGCUGAGUGUUCCAACGCUGGUAUCAAAGUUCACAUGCUUACUGGUGAUCACCCGGAGACUGCCAAGGCCAUUGCCAAGGAAGUCGGUAUCAUCCCUAAGAACCUUGGUGUUCUCCCUGCCCAGGUUGCUGAGUCCAUUGUCCAAAAGGCUACCGAGUUUGACAAGAUGUCUGAUGAUGAGAUUGAUGCCCUUGAAGAACUUCCUCUUGUCAUUGCUCGAUGCGCUCCCGACACUAAGACCCGCAUGAUCGAGGCUCUCCGUCGUCGCGGUGCUUUCAUGGCUAUGACUGGCGAUGGUGUUAACGAUGCCCCCUCUCUGUCUCGUGCUGAUGUGGGUAUUGCUAUGGGUUCCGGUUCCGAUGUCGCCAAAUCUGCUGCCAAGAUCGUGCUCACUGACGAUAAGUUCAACUCGAUUGUUGCUGCUAUUCGUGAGGGUCGCCGCAUGUUCGACAACAUCCAGAAAUUCGUCUUGCAUCUGCUGACCUCCAACGUCGGUGAGGUUAUUCUGCUUGUUGCUGGCCUUGGCUUCACUGACCGCGAUGGCUUCUCUGUGUUUCCCGUCUCUCCUCUCCAGAUUAUUUGGAUCAACAUGGCUACAUCUUCCUUCCCUGCCUUUGGUCUUGGUCGUGAGCAGGCCGCCCGUGAUGUCAUGCGCAAGCCCCCUCAGGAUAAGAAGCGUGGUGUCUUCACUAACCAAAUCAUCGUUGAUAUGAUUGUUUAUGGUGUCAUCAUGGGUGCUUGCACCAUGGUUACAUUCUGCAUUAUCAUUUACGGUGCCAAUGGUGGCAACCUGGGUACUGGCUGCAACCAAAAGUACAACGACUCUUGUGACGCUGUCUUCCGCGCCCGUGCUGCCACUUUUGCCGAGCUUACCUGGUUGAUUCUCAUCUCUGCCUGGGAGUUCAAGUCUCUGCGACGAUCAAUGUUCCGUCUCCACCCCGAUGAUGACAGCACCUUCCCCUUCUUCAAGGACAUCUACGAGAACCGCUUCCUGUUCUGGUCCGUCAUUGUUGGUGGCCUCUCCGUCUUCCCUGUCGUUUACAUCCCCUACCUCAACACCGACUUCUUCAAGCACAAGGGCAUCACUUGGGAGUGGGCUCUUGCUGUUGGUUUCACUCUUGUCUUCGUCGCCGGUAUCGAGGCCUGGAAGUUCGUCAAGCGCCAGUUCCAUAUCCUGGAGGACCUCCCUGUCAACCGUGGCCACUGGGGCCAGGGCAGCAACGCCGACGACGAGACGGGCACUAAGUUCCGCAAGACCAUGUCCAUGUCCAGCUUCAAGACGUGGGCCUCCUUCUCCCGCAGGGACACUGGAGAGUCAUUCGGACGUGCAAGCACCAAGGUGGGAAGAACAAGCACCAACCACGUCAGCACUGGCGGUAUUGUGGGCGGUGCGCAGGCCAUUGCCCAGCAACAGCAGAAAGAGGAGGUUUAA